AAAUUGCAAAAAAUUGAGAUUUUUGAGCGUGAAGACUUUCAGAAACAGUAAAGAUUUUUCUAUAGUAGGUGAAUUUUGUGUAAAAUCGCAAGGGAAGAAAGCUGAGGGACAGAGAAAAGGAAAAUCUGCAUUGUUUGGGUCAAUUCCCAAAAAUAGAAAUGAUGGCACUCUGUGGACAACGCAUGAGAAACUUAUCCGGUUGCAUCUCUUCCUUUGCAUUUUCAUAUUCUUCGAGCAAUGCUAGAAGCAAUGUACCCUUCCUCUACAAAAGUCUAGAAAUCAAUGAAGGAAAUGAAGCAGAGGCUGAAAUUCUUCAGGUGCUCUCAUGGGGCAAAGGUGCAUCAGGUCAGCUUGGUGGUGGCAGAGAAGAGAUCAAGAUGUACCCAUCACCAAUUGCUAAACUUCUCCUCCCAUGUCACAGUUUCACUCUUUCCACAACAACAGGCCAAAUCAUCCUCAAUCAUGGUCAGAAUUGUCAUCCUGAUACUGGAGAGAUGCCCACCAAAACGAAUGAUACCAAUGACCAGGAACCAAAGGGAAGAGUUCGUGUGGGUAUCUCCUGUGGGCUGUUCCACUCUGGAUUGACUGUGGAUGGAAAUCUCUGGAUGUGGGGCAAAGGUGAUGGAGGUCGUCUUGGGUUUGGCCAUGAGAAUCCAGCGUUUUUACCAACCUUAAACCCAUAUCUAGAGAAGCAUUCUGUUCAGUGUAUCACUCUUGGUGGCGUACAUUCUGUUGCUCUCACUACCCAUGGCGAGGUCUUUACUUGGGGUUAUGGUGGUUUUGGUGCACUUGGACAUUCUGUUUACCAUAGAGAGCUGUUCCCUAGAUUGGUGGAAGGUUCUUGGGAUGGAAAAAUAUGUCAUAUUGCAACUGGUGGAACACAUACUGCAGCUAUCACAGAAUCAGGAGAGCUUUAUACUUGGGGUAGAGAUGAAGGUGAUGGGAGAUUAGGUCUUGGUCCUGGUCGAGGUCCCAAUGAGGGAGGUGGACUUAGUAUCCCUUCAAAAGUUAAAGCGUUACCUGUUCCUGUAGUUGCUGUAUCAUGCGGUGGAUUCUUCACAAUGGUGUUGACAAAGGAAGGGCAACUUUGGAACUGGGGAGCAAACUCUAACUAUGAGCUUGGAAGAGGUGAUAAAAUUGGAGGUUGGGAACCAAAGCCAAUUCGAAGUCUUGAGGAUGUUCGGAUUGUUCAGAUUGCAAGUGGAGGAUAUCAUUCUCUUGCAUUAACUGAUGAAGGGACGGUGCUCUCAUGGGGCCAUGGAGGGCAUGGUCAGUUGGGUUUGGCUUCGAUUCAGAAUCAGAAAAUACCUGCAGUUGUUGAGGCAUUAGCUGACGAGCGCGUUAUCUACAUUGCUUGUUGUGGUUCAUCUUCAGCAGCUAUAACUGAUAAAGGGAAGUUGUACAUGUGGGGAAAUGCAAAAGAUUGUCAACUUGGAGUUCCUGGAUUACCAGAGGUGCAACUAAGUCCUGUUGAAGUUAAUUUUCUAAUGGAGAAUGAUGGUCUUGGACCCUAUACUGUGCUUUCUGUUGCAGUCGGUGCAUGUCAUGCCAUGUGUCUGGUUUCGAGGUCAUGCCGUUAAGAGUUGUUCUGAUAAGGUUUCAAGCAGACAUUAGCAUGGAUUUCUGGCAUUUUAGCUAACCAGGUUCGGUAAAAGUGUUGUGAACAAGAAAUUUCGAGACAUGUAAAAUGUGAAUGUGGGGCAACAAAUGCUGCUUAAUGCUUGCUUCUACCUCUUUGACAAUGAGACGAAUCAAAUGCUGCACCAAAGGCUUUUACUCUAUACGGUGUCAUGUCUCCUCUUCAAAUUACGAGGGCCAUAAUGUGGACCAGGCAUAGGCUUUUCAAUUUUAGUGAAUAUUACUUCAUACUAUUCAGUGAAUUUAACUUUCAUUUCCCCAAGAGUUGCUGCAAUCUCAUCCACUCCUAUCCCGAGAGUUUAAUUGUUUUCUCUUUAAUAAUAUCUAUAUUAACAGUUGUAGACAUUUUAGGGAGUAUAAAAGAUUCCAGGUACUCCUUUUUUCUCCA